UUGGGAUUCCCUAUAGAUUACACAAAAUAAGAAAGCUUCACGGAAGUGGUUUUCACCGAUUAGGGCUGGUUUCAUUUCGAAACACUGACGAGUCAUAUAUUUUAAGGAAAUAUGUCGGAGAAUGGAGAACCACAGCUUGAAGUAUUGGCUGCAUCAGAAAAAGGACAAAAUGUUGUGUUUGAAACCUCUUCCCUUGAUGAAACAGCCUCAUCAGUAGACUUUGAUCUUCAAAAUGAGAACUGGCAACUCAACAGCUUAGACUCAUCUGUGGCAAACUCCAGUGACAGUGAAGAAAAAAUUUCUCUCUCAAAUUCAAAACCUUCUUCUUUGCCACCAACACCAUGUAAACGUAUUGAACAUGGGAUCAUACUUAAGCAGCUUGUAUUGAAGGGCAUUUCAUCCCAAUUGAUGACUGCUCAGGUAAAAUUAAAAUCCAAAGAUGCAACAUGUCUAACCGUUUCCAACUGGAUUGGUAUAGGCACAAAAAAUGGUUUAGUUUUGGUGUUUGAUGUCACACAAAAUUUGAAAUGGUUUUUGGACACACUUGAUGUCCUUGGAACAAAACAGUCAAGUGAGUCUCCAAAUGGAUGGGGAAAUGCCAUUUCAGCAAUGGCUUUUAACUGUGAUCAUAGUAGACUGUUGGUUGGAAAUGCUUGUGGCCACAUUCUAGAGUAUGAUAUGAAAGAUGGGAAGCUAGUCAGGACUUUAAAUGAUGUCCACCCACCUGAAGCAGCUAUUCUUCAUUUAAAAUUUACAGAUUUGUCUACUCUUGCUCUUCUGUGCGAUAGUGGAGGUAGUGUUUUUGAACUUGGUUUUAAGAGGACUUUGGGAGUUAGAGGCGUUGACACCCGAUGCCUAUUUUCGGGAAGCCGAGGCGAAGUCUGCGCUUUAGAACCGUUGAGAACUACAGACCAAGAUUUAAAUAUCGGCUUCGAUUUUCACUCUAAAUGGGAACCGUUGAUAGUUGUUGCCAUGGCUACACUUUCCAAAAUUUUAAUAGUGCAAAUACGGCCAACCACUAAAGUUAUCUACAGCCAACUGUUAAGCGGGGAUGGUCGAAGCCCUCCUUGUCUUGGUUGGCACUUUGUAGCUGUCCAUAGCCAGCAACGAGGAAGGAGCAUAGAACCCGUUUUGGCUUAUGGUCGGCAUAAUGAACUUCACUUCAUCCAGUUAAGCGUUGAUGAAGAACGACGUCGACUCCGCUAUCAUCCUCUUCUUCGUUUCCAACUUGACUUUAAUCUUCGUGGAUUACAGUGGCUUGAUCCUCGUAUGCUCGCUUUAUUAGAUUCUGAGCAACAAGUCCAUGUUGUAGACAUUAAAACCCAAGAAUCUGUUGAUGUCGUCGACUUGUCUGGCUUUAAUUUAGUCAACUCAGCUCCGUUCUUUCAGGGUUUGGCGACUGGUGGUAACGUCAGUGAAGCUUUGGCUCUUGUUGGAACCGAAGCGUGCUACAACUCGAUGGCCAGUUGCGCUGGUCAGUUAUUAUUACUCUGUGCGACCAGCUUGCGUUCCGUUGGUCUACGACAUUGGGACGAAAGAUUGGAUUUGCUCGUUUCGCAGUCACGGCCUGAAGAAGCCAUCCAUCUAGGUUUGCGCAUGUUGAACGGUAAAGCUAAAGCCAUGCACGGAUUAAAGGGCACCCCGAACCAGCGUAAAAGACAAUUAAGAGACAAGGAGAUUGACAUUCUCAAUGCUUACGUUGAACGAGUUUUGAUUCCUCUUGUAAUGCAAGAACCCAGUAUGGUUAGCAGUGGCCGAAAUCUUAGUUCAGUCAUCGAAUUGUGUAUCGACGUUUGCGUUCAACUUCAAAAACAAUCGUUGCUUUUUGAUGAAAUUUAUCCAAGAAUUUCGUCGUUCGAAGUGGCCCGAGACUGCUUCCUUCAACUGUUAGAACCCCACUUUCUCAACGACCGUUUGCAAUCUAUCUCACCUUCUAUUAUGCAGCAAUUUGUAGCCCUUUAUGAAGAUAAGGGCUGGCUUGAGGCUCUGGAGAGCUGCAUCAGCCACGUCGAUGUCUCUAGCUUGGAUCUGCAUCAGAUUCUGACGUUGUCGCAUAACCAGGGGUUGUGUCACGCUUACCUUUACGUGCAUACACGGGCGCUUCAGGAUUACGUCAGUCCGCUGGAAGAUCUGAUGAAACAGUUGCAAGGAGCAGUCAAAUUAGGUCCGCCGUAUUCUGAACAAGAUCUCAAAUUGGGCCACGUCAUCCUGGUCUACAUCUCAUGUUGUUUGGCUGGCAGGGCUUAUCCCGUUGGAGAAAUUGACGAAGAUUCCCGUGUUAAAGUCAAACAUCAAGUGUUAACUAGUCUGACGUGCCUGCACAGUAAACGAGCUUCGGAGGAUGAGCCUCCAUAUCCAUUCCUGCGCACUCUACUAGAGUUUAAUACCCAAGAAUUACUCAAUGCUCUUUCAUUAGCUUUUGAAGAAUCUGAAUUCAUUGGCGAGAUGGGAGCAAGACGCCAGCAGAGAGUAAUAGACAUUCUGGUUGAAAUUAUGAUCAACUCGUCUCAGUUUUCGCCGGAUCAGAUUUGCUCUCUUUUCACAUUCAUUGCUCGUCAAAUAAGUCGCUCACCUCGCCACGACUCUAUUCAUUUGGAACGUGGUCUUUUUCAGCAGCUUGUAGAUUUGGUCUGUUCUUUGUCUUCUAAAGAAACUCGAGUUCAGAGUAGAUUCGAAGAAAGGCAACAAGCACUGCUUCAACUUCUUCAGAUUAAAGGCCAGCUAUCAUUGGGAACAGAAGAUGAAGAAAAGCUACUUGAACAAGCUCAAUCCGCUAAAUUUUAUCGUGUAUGCGAGUAUAUCUACGAGCAGCGCCAAGAUUGGGAAAAUGUGUUCCAGUGCUACAUUGACGAUACCUCUCGCCACGGCGACAUUCUUCACUUCCUGCGGAACGUUUUCACUGAAUCUGUUGCAUCCAAUGUCCAACUGAUGGAACGAUUGAUUUUGAAACAUAUCCAACUGCUAGUCCAACUAAACGCAACUUCAUUGGCCGUCUUUUUGGCUGUUAACAAACCUGCAUUAAUUGAUGAGGCGGUCACUGCCCUGAUACCUUUUCCAAAUGAACGAUAUCGUUUUCUUGAAGCUAUUCUUGAUUUGGCGACUCAAGAUAUAGAUGGGGCAACCAAUACUGCUGUUUUGAUCGAUGAUGACGGUCAUUGUAUUGAGCAAUUUGCUGAACUUAUGGCGGAGCUAGAGCCGGAGCGACUUACGUCUUACGUUCAACUAGCCGAUAUCCCACAUCUGCCGCGUUUGUUAGAAAUCUGUCGCAAGUUUGCCGUUGUCGAAGCUGAGGCGGCAAUUCUUGAACGUCAAGGAGAGAUAACAGCCGCUUACGAUUUACUACUCGGCCAGCUUCAAGGUUCCAUUAAACAACUCUUUGUUGAAACAGAGGGUUGGCAAGACUUCGAGGCUGCUUCUCAAUCAGUAAUUGAUUUUUGUCAGCGACAAGCAAGUUCUUUAACAGAAAAGGAACGCGAAAGGGUUUGGUUAACCCUUCUCGACGAGUUGCUUCUUCCGCAAAGAAGCUUGAAGGGAAAUCCGGAUGCUUCCGCUUCCAUCAUCUCAGGUUUGAGAGAAGUUACUCAAAAAGUCGUGACAAGCAUCCAGGGUCAAAUAAGCUUAACUAAAGUGUUACCUCGUUUGAUUGAGGAUCCCGAAACAACAGGAGGCACUUUAGGGGAUCUUCGCCAACUUAUAAUGGGUCUUUUGGAUAACUACACGUACGAGACAACAUUGCUACGGAUCAGCACGCGACUGCUUCAAGGGGAUGUACACAGUUUACUGUCUCAGCGCUACCGCCAGUCACGGAAAGGUAUUGCGUUGCGUGCGUCCCGCUGCAGCAGCUGUAAUCGUCUGCUUCAAAACGGCCGGAAUCCAUCCAUUACUGCAUUCCAAUGUCGUCACGCUUUCCAUAGCAGCUGCUUACGAGGGGAAAUCAAGCAAUGUAUCCGUUGUCAGCCAACACCGAUCAUUGCAGAGCCAGAGCAAGAUGAUUCUACUGUCCCUAAUCAAGAGCAGUUGCCAGUUCCUCAGUUGUCACCUGCUCAGCUGGAUUCGAUCUACAAGGCAAGAAUCGGAUUGUCCUCUGCAUUACAGAACCUAUUCGAGUGAUACCCAAAUAUUUAUCCAGUAUGAAACUUUUUCGAUAAAACUAUUCAAAUUGUUGACUUAUUAUUGCAAAUACGACUUGAAUGUGCGUGUUA